AUGUGGAGACGAACAUAUCUCUUUCUGGUCGUCCUGCGCCUCUACCUGGCUUUGUCCCCCAGCUAUAUCCAUCCCGACGAGCACUUUCAAGGCCCAGAGGUCAUCGCAGUAUCAGGUCGCGUUUUUGGAUAUGCUUCACACUUGACUUGGGAGUUUACUUCGGAUAGCCCAAUCCGCAGUGUCUUUCCCCUCCGCAUCUUCUACGGACUGCCCUUGACUUUGCUAAAAUGGAUCUGCGAUGGUAUUGGAUACCAUACCAUCUCGCCUGCCACCGUAUACUACACUUUGCGUGCCUUGAUGUUUGUCUUGAGUUUUGUGCUUGAAGACUGGGCUCUUGACGAACUCAUCCAUGUUCCAAAGGAUCGCCGUGUGGCUCAGAUGCUGGUUGCUUCAUCAUAUGUUACUUGGACCUUCCAGAACCAUACCUUCUCAAACUCGAUCGAGACACUGAUAGUGCUGUGGUGCUUGGUCUUGAUCAACCGUAUCAAGGAGGACAAGUCGCAUACGCGAGUCUUACCUUCUGCUCUACUCGCCUUCCUCUGUGUUUUGGGGACUUUCAACCGCAUCACUUUCCCGCCAUUUGUCUUGGUACCCUUGUUACAGUUGAUCCCUCAUAUUCGUCAUAGACCUGUCUCGCUCUUGGUCAUGAUCCUCUCAGCAGCCGCGACACUACUGUUUGCUGUCGUCACGGACACUGAGUGGUUCCUUCAGAAGCCAGUACACCUGUCACAGUUGCGUGGGACCGCCAUCAUCACGCCUCUCAACAACUUCCUCUACAACAUGGACAGCAGCAAUCUCGCCAAGCACGGUCUUCACCCCUACUACCAACACGUAGUCGCAAACCUACCUCAAUUACUCGGCCCAGCACUUCCCCUGAUAUUCUUCUCGUGCCGGAUGGGAAUGCCAAUGUACUCUGCAGGCUUUGGCAUCUUUGCCCUAUCAUGUCUCAAGCACCAAGAAGCGCGUUUCCUAUUACCUGCAGUCCCUUUGAUUCUCUCCAGCAUCAGAGUACCACACCGCAUCCGAAACAUCUGGAUCACCGUGUGGAUAAUCUUCAAUGUUUGCUUGGGCCUUUUGAUGGGUGUUUUCCAUCAAGGUGGCGUGGUGCCAGCGCAACUCUGGGUCGGCAAACAAACUGGCAUCCAACAGGCAUUCUGGUGGAAAACGUAUAGUCCACCGACUUACCUUUUGGGUAACAAUCAUCAAGGCUUGGUGACUAGAGAUUUGAUGGGUAUGCGUGGUGACAAGCUUUUGGAAGAGUUGAAGGCAAAGGUGGAUUGUGAUGCUACAUCAACGACUCUUUUGCUUGCGCCGCUCAGUGCGACGUUUCUGGAUGCAUACACGAUGGACAACAGUACGGCUUCAGGGAGCUCUGACAUCACGCUCGAGGAGGUUUGGCGUUACGGGAAUCAUUUGAAUCUCGACGACAUGGACUUUGGAGAUGACGGCGUCUGGCCGACUCUGAAGCGCAUGGUCGGAAGAAGAGGAAUCGGUGCAUGGAAGGUGACGAAGAAAUGUUGA